GCCAGGGGUCGCUGCAGUGAAGUGAGUUUCUCUGUUCUGUGAUGUUUCGGGGGUCCAGUCCGGUCCAGCCACACAGACCUACGUCUAGAACAGCAGGAAAAAACUUCAGCAGAGACUUGUCUUCAGAUCACGAGCUCUACACAUCGUCUCCAGAGUCGGAUUAGGAGCAGAGCACUUCUGGAAGCGCGCGAACAUGGACGAUCUAGAUGCAUUGCUUGCAGAUCUCGAGUCUUCCACCGCCCAUAUCUCCAAGUGCCCAGUGUUUCUACCUGAGGAGACACCAUAUUCCUACCCCACCGGAGGGCACCUUUUUCAGGAUGACUCCCCUCCUCCGCCCCUGCCCCCUCCGCCCUCAGUUGAGGCCCUGAACGGAUCCCUCUCCCCGCGCCCGGACUCCCAGCACUCCUCACAACAGUCUCUGGGCUCUGCUCAUAAAAGCACGUUGUCUCGGGACAGCAGUCCACCAGCCUCUCAUACAGAAGAAGACCACGUUUACAGUUUUCCUAACAAGCAGAAGCACUCAGACUCAUCAUCCACAGCCAUGACUUCUGCUCUGGGCAGCAACCUGUCUGAACUGGACCGCCUUCUUCUGGAACUUAAUGCUGUACAGCAAAACGCCCCAUCUUUCUCCAGUACAGAGGAUGCACCACCUCCAUUGCCACCUUGCAGUGUUGCCCACUAUAUACAGGAAAAUGGAGCCCACCCAGGCAUCACACUGACACCAGCAGCACAGGACAAGCCUCAGAGGAACGGAACGAAGGGGACAGAAGAUGGUCGUCCCACUGUGGAAAGUCUUCUGAAUGAGUUGGAAAGCUCUGUGCCUUCCCCAACGCCCAGCCCCUGUGCUCUGACGAGUGAUUUGACGGACGGGCAGGUGGACACACCUUCUGAGCAGCAGGGCAGAAUAUCAGCCACCUCCGCUACACGAGAACUGGAUGAACUCAUGGCCUGUUUGUCAGAUUUUAAGCCAAGUUCCUUAGGCUCCCUGAACUCUGAGCCACUAUUUGAGCAAACUACUACCAUUGCUGAAAUCCACCCUCCUCCCACGACUGCCGUGUCCAAAUCCCUGUCCCCUUGCCUCCCAACGGAACCAAGACGAUAUUCCCCAAGUCUCUCCCCUUCUUUAAACUUUGAACUGCACAUUGUGGAGGAAUCUGGUGAACCGGGGGCUGCCCAUCCACUAUCUAGUGGUAAGCCUUCCUCUCGACUGUCUCCACCUGCAGCAUCCAGUCCUCGUUAUUCUCCGGUAUCUGACCUGGGCUUAGAUUCUGCCAUUGAUGUUUCUGCUUCCAUGCUCUCCUCCCAAGUGGAGUCUCUAGUGGUUCUGUCUCAGACUAUAACCACGACUGGAGGUCGGGAUCAUUGUCCUGUCAGGGAGGGAAGUCCUUCUGCCAAACUGACAAGCUCUGGGCUGAAGUCCUAUUCACCUCUCACCAAGUCUCCUAGUCCAAUAAGUGCCCCAAUGGUCAGCAGAACCCCUGAAAGAGUUAGUCCAUUGAUGACACCAGCAUCUAUUGAUCUGUACCUCUCCAGUUCUGAAGCAAAACCUUUGAGCCCAGUGCCAUCUCUUCCCAGAUCUCCACUUACUACAGUCUCUGAAUCACCAUCAAUGUCGCUUCCCAAAGCUGUUUCACCUCCUCUACUCCUUUCCUCUUCCCCAUCUCUGGCGGCUCCCAAGUCUCCAAGUCCAAAACCAUCAUCAGGACAGCCUGAGCCAGCUGUUUCUCUCAAUCCCCUUCCUCCCACUAGGCUUGAACCACCAAGUUAUGAGCCUUCUCUUGACGACGCCUUAGAUAAACUUCUCGCCAUGAGCUUCAGCAGUCCUGAGAACGAGGCUCCAAUCACAGCUUCAGCUGCUUCAAGGCUCGCUUUAGAAGUACAACCAGAAGUAUAUGAGGAGACAAUAGUGGCGGCGGAUCGCUGUGACAUUCAUCCUGACACACACACAGAGAGCGAAAUGGGCGAUGGGCUCUUGGAGGAUCAGUCGGACUGCAGGAGUGAUCUUGACUGGGCUGACAUGGAGCUGAAGAUGGCCUACGAAGGACCUGAUGGCUCCAUGACCCCCAUGACUGAAGCAAGCUGGAUGGAUGAAUCUCUCACUCCGUCGUCUUGCCCUGGAACUCCAGACGCCCAAAUAGACCUUCCCAUGCUCCAUAUGGCUGGCACAAUGGACAGGAUCUCAGCCUCAGGACACAUCAAAUCAGUGAUUAGACGCACCAAGGAGAUUCAAAAUGUCCACCCCAUGUACCGAGAUGGCCUGAUACGUAGGAAGAUGGGCCCGCUCAUUUUCCACAAGAGCAACUCCCAGGACCGGCUCAUUGAGGAACUGCAAGGAAAGCUGGGAAUAGCCCGUAAAGAUCGUCCAAAAAAGCAGCAGCCAGACGAUUGGCUCACAGAAGGCGUCAUUGUGAUGUCCAACCCCAAACGUUCACGGGAAGACCACAACAGAGAGGUGGAUAAGAUAAUCAUACCUCCUGAGUCUCCUCUUCCUCAGAGGAAGGUGAUCCUUCCUCCCCAAUCUCCCCCAGUCCCUCGCCCCCCACCCCCUGCUGAAGAACCAAAGCGCCCCCCUCCAGUCAAAUUAGCUCCUGCUCCUUUGCCUCCACCCCCACCACCUGCUCCCUCCCCCCCUCCAAGACAGCCUACACCUCCUCCCCAGCCAACUCCUCCUUCAGUUCCACCCAAGCCCCCUACUCCUGAACCUGUGGAAGUUCCAGCUCCCUCCCCAAAACCCAAUCCUACACCCCUGCCCACACCCACCCCGCCACCUGCCUCUGUGACCCCUCCCAAAGUGCUGGCAUCAGUGGGCUGCCAGACGGAGUACGACCCGCUCUUCCCUCCGUUGCAGAUCAUGGCCCAGGGGAAGGGUCCACACGGACAGGUUAAUAAACUAGACAACAUGCUGGGCAGUCUUCAGUCUGACCUCCACAAGCUGGGAGUGCAGACAGUUGCCAAGGGAGUGUGUGGCGCCUGCUGCAAACCCAUCGUUGGCCAGGUAGUAACUGCCAUGGGGCGCACAUGGCAUCCAGAGCAUUUUGUGUGCACACACUGCCAGGAGGAGAUUGGUUCCAGAAACUUCUUUGAGAGGGAAGGUCAGCCAUACUGCGAGAGAGAUUACCACCAUUUAUUCUCUCCGCGCUGCUACUACUGUAACGGACCCAUACUGGAUAAAGUGGUAACGGCAUUAGACAGGACGUGGCAUCCUGAACACUUUUUCUGUGCCCAGUGUGGGGCGUUCUUUGGUCCUGAAGGGUUUCAUGAGAAGGAUGGGAAGGCGUACUGUCGUAAAGACUACUUUGACCUCUUCGCUCCUAAAUGUGGCGGCUGUGCUCGUGCCAUCCUGGAGAACUACAUCUCCGCCCUGAGCUCUCUCUGGCAUCCAGAGUGUUUUGUGUGCAGGGAGUGCUUCACGCCAUUCAUCAACGGCAGUUUCUUUGAGCACGACGGUCAGCCCUACUGUGAGGUCCAUUAUCACGCCCGCCGCGGGUCGCUGUGUUCCGGCUGUCAGAAGCCCAUCACGGGCCGCUGCAUCACAGCCAUGGGCAAGAAGUUCCAUCCCGAGCAUUUUGUCUGUGCCUUCUGCCUUAAGCAGCUCAACAAGGGCACCUUCAAAGAGCAAAAUGACAAGCCUUAUUGCCAGGGCUGCUUCAUCAAGCUGUUCAGCUAGAAAGAUGACUGACUGACUGAGUGUUUGUGUGUGUGUGUAGUAUGAUUUGGUGUAAAGUUUGCAUGUUGUAUUGACUGUUUUGUGUGCGUGUGUAUUUGUCGUUCAGGUUUAUGUCUGACUCUCGACAUCCCCACAUGACGUUGCUGGUCAGGUUGAAAAGAUGGUGACAUGAAACGCGCUCUCAAAAUCCAGGUUGUUUUAGAGGGUAUUAGAGGAAAGAUGUUUGAACUUGGGGUUUUUUUUUUUUUUAGAAAGUGUGUGAAAAAUGUGUUCUGCUCACUGGUUGAGCUGGAGAGAAACUGUUUGAUGAAGAGAACGGUUCAGGAGGGAUGAUGGGAAAUGAAUGUUUGAUACACAAUCACAACAACAACUGGAAGUCGACCGAAUAACCAACAUGAGCCAAUAAUUGCUGGGUGAAUUUCAUGAACAAAUAUCCAGGUCAUAUAUCAGCCCGAAACCAAAAGGAAAAAUAAGAAAUUAUAUUUUGCGUUAAAAACAUUUUAGGACUCUUAAGAUAUUUUGCAUUAUUUUAAGAAAAAUUCAACACAUUUUCCGCCCAAAUUCUCAUUAUUGUGAUGGAAUAAUUCGUAUUACUGUAAUACAACAAUUUUAAAAUUUUAAAUUAGAAUAAAUUAAACUUAGUAAAACAAAUAAUACAAUUUCAUUGCUAAUAGUCCUAAAAUAGGCGUCAUUUUCUUUUAAGCGAAAUAUAAUUUAUUGUUAUUUAUUGCUAUUUCUUUGUAUUUUGGAGUGAAAUAUGACCCGGACGUGAUUUGUAGACUUUACCCUGUUAUGAAAACGUCUAUUUGCUGCAUUUGCGUCAUUUUAACGUUGAAUUCCACCUCGAUGAAUUGCUACUUUUAGUGCCUUGUUUUGUAUUACAAAUUCAACUGUCUUUAAGAGACUUUUAAAGUAUACUAAACAUGUAGUUUUGCAUAUAACAUGACAUUUCUAAUCUAUGUUGAAGUUGUAUUUUAUUAAAGGAAUAUAUGGGGUUAAAUACAACUUUAUGGACGGCAUUUGUAGCAUAAGAUCGCCACAGAAAAUCAUUUCUGCUCGUCCUUCAGUAUGUUAAAUCAAAGGAAAAAUGUAUUUACAGUUAUGAAAGUAACAUACAUAUAAUUAACCCAUAAUAUUCCUUUGAAGGAACGAGCCACAUAUGAACAUGUAUUAUAGUAAGAAUGACUGUAUUUAGGUUUUAUUCACAAAACACAACCACUGAUGAUUCUAAUGAUCCUUAAUAGAAGUCAAAGAUGUGAUAUUGUUCAUCUAAAUAGCUGUGACAAUAUUGUGCAAUUCUCAACCCUUGAAUACAGUAUAUUAUUUGAUUGGAAAUGAAUAUCUGAUAUUGUCUUGCUCAUUCUCAGAGACAAUUCUUGACAAUAUUGUAACUGCUGUAUUAUGAUAUUGUGAUAUUACAGUAUAUUAAUUCUUUUUUUCUCUCUCUUUUUUCAUUUUGCAUGGAAGUCUUAAGUGUCUUUCAAUAAUAUUAAACGGCAAGUUUUGAAAACUUGCUGUGAAGUUACAAAGUGGUGAACUGAUGAAGACUUUCUUAUAUUUUUAGAAACAUGUUGUCACUGGAAUAGAAGUGAUCAAGAGUAUUAAAUAUAUAUAUACAGCCCCUGGUAUCUAUUGUAAUGGUGCGGCUUUCUAGAUGCCAAAAAAUUAUGCAUUGGAAAAAUAUACCAGCAAGUGUUUAUUAUAUGAAAGCUUUUAUAUGACCCGAUGUGCCAGAGACCAGUCUCAUCCGCUCUUGAGAGAGCACUACUUUGAAAGUAGAGGAUAAUUGUUUUAUUAAAUUCACUUUUCUUUGAUAACUCAAUUGUAAUAAUCUGUCCUGUCUUUCGCGGUUCGUUUUGCUCCUAAUCGCUUUGUGCCAAAAUGGGAAUCUCGGGAUCAUAUGAUGUCCUUAUCUGUUUUAAUCACACACUUACACUGGUCGAAUGUUGUGCCUUUGUUUAUUUUGAGAUUUUCUGUCAUAUAAAUCAAUCUGAAGCUUUUCUAUUUCUGUUCCCAAGUAUUUUAGUAUCCCUUUACAGAUAUUAUCAUUUACCCAAUGUGAAAACAGCUAUGCAUAUAUUUUUUUUCUCCUGUAACACUGUCACGUUUUGUUCUGUGAGUAUUGGUUACUGUUUCAAUUCAUGCAAUUAUAUACAAAUAAAUCUGGUGUUUUAAUGCACUGAA